AUGUUUUACUCUCAGACGUUUUUGGCGCGAAAAGGACGGCUCUCAACUGUUUGGAUUGCUGCUCAUCUUCAACACAGACUCAAGAAAUCUCAAUGCACGUCCACUGACAUCCCUUCCACCGUUCAACAUAUAAUGGAUCCUGGGGUUCCCAUUGCUUUGAGAAUGUCAGCUCACCUACUCUUAGGUGUUGUUCGUAUUUAUUCAAAGAAAGUUGAUUAUCUUCUCAAUGAUUGCAAUAUUGUUCGUACUGUUUUAUACAAAGUAUUUGCUGCUGUAUCAAAUCAUACUUUACCCGAGGAUGGAAUGCAAGCACCUCUUCAUACUAUCACCAUGCCAGCCACUUUUGACCUUGAUGCGCUUAACUUGAGCUAUGGAAUGGAUGUUAAUGGGUAUGAGGAUCAUCACAUGAAGAGUCUAGAAGAUAUUACUCUUGCAGAUGAAAAUCCUACUGUAUUGGAGAAUUAUGUGACUAUACGAUUCGAUGAGGACACAACAUUUAGUUCUUCAAACACACAACUGCUUCCGGAUUCCGAUGCAAGACCAAUAGAGGAAGACAUUAUUCCUCAAUCUCCAUUGACAAUUGGAGCAGAUUUUCAAGAUGUUGGUCCAAGUUCCCAUACAGAGUCACAUGCAACCAAUCAUACAACUGAUGAUAACGUACCUAGCUUUAUGGAUCCCAUUACUGAACAGGCAAUACCAGUGGAGAAUAAUCUCCGUGAUGCCACCAAUGAUUAUGCCACCAAUGAUUAUGGUGCUAUUGAAAAUCUACAAAACAGUGGGCAUAAUGAUAUCGAACUCACCAAAGAUCUCGACCAAAAUGUGAAUGAAAAGGAUCAUACUCAUGAAAUGGUUGACGUGACCCGCGAUGAACCCUCAUCAAAUCAACCAGCACGUCCACUAACUCCAGCUGCUUCUGGAGAUGGUGCCUCAGAUGCACAAGUUUAUGGAGCUUUAGGUCAAGAUUCUCUCAAUGUUAGGGUUAUUUCUAGCCCUCAAAUAGAGCAGGUACAGGAUCAGAAGCAACAAAGAGGAAGGAAGAGAAAACAAUUCUUUGAUGAUCCCAUAGUGUUAACAAAUAGAUUCAUGAGGGAGAACCUUAAUAAUACUCACAAUAUACUGCGGAAGAGAAAAGACGGCCCUUCCUCUCCUCUGGAUACAUGGAAGCUGAAAAACAAACGAUUAAAGGAUAAUAUUUUUGACCAACCUUUAUUUACAGGAGUAUGCAACGAACUUAUAAACAUACACAAUAGGGAAUAUAUAUGUUCAAAACCCCACUUGGUCAUCUCUGAGGAAGAUCAUAUGGAUAGUACUACUAGUACUUCUCCAAUUAAUCAAAUUGUCGAUGAGCCAAUACUGGAUGCAUCCGAGGUUGUUGUUAAUGAACAUGAGAUUAUUGAUAAUGCACCUGAGGUUGUUGUUAAUGAACAUGAGAUUAAUGAUAAUGCACCUGAGGUUAUCGUGGAGGCAACUGAACAAGGCCGUUCCGUUGCUAAUGCUCCUACUACCCCAACUCAGAAUAUAGACACUGAACCCAUUAUUGAAGGUACUAACAAGAGUCCUGUUAACGGAAAUGGUGCGACACCUAUUUUAGUUUCUGAGGCAUUGGAGAUACCAUAUGGUGCAACUUCACCUCCUGCUCAUAUAUCCGAAAUUGGAACCCCUAGCACUUAUCAAGAUAAUACAUUUCAGGACUUUGACAUUCCAGACUUUACAGAUACUAAUCUACGCAACUAUUCUGCUGAAAAAGGGGAGUAUCCGUUUCUUGAAGAAGAGAGCAACACACCGGUCACUGCCAGUUCACAAAGCACAAGCACAACAAGUAUUGGCACAUUGACUGGAAGGUCCAGGGGUCUAGCUCAAUAUUUAAAAGAUUAUUCUCCGUGUACUCCAAUUCCGGAGCAGCCUGCUGAAGAUUUUAGCUUGAACAAGAUGUUGGAAGGAAAAACUAGAAAGAUUGCUGCUCGGAUGUUCUUUGAAGUUUUGGUGUUAAAGACUCAUGAUCUUAUUGAUGUAAGUCAAGAGGAGCCUUAUGAUGAUGUCAGCUUCAAAUUGACUCCAACACUUUUAAAUGCUAAAAUUUGA